CAAGUCGUACCCUCGGCACCCUGCCGGGCUGGGCUGCCUCACUGGGCGGCCUGACGGCGCCCGGCGGGCCAGCAUGGACAGCCCUGAGGUGACCUUCACCCUGGCGUACAUCGUCUUCUCCGUCUGCUUCGUCUUCACGCCCAACGAGUUCCACUCGGCGGGGCUGACCGUGCAGAACCUGCUGUCCGGCUGGCUGGGCAUCGAGGACGUGGCCUUCGUCCAGUACCACCUGCGCAGGACCACAGUCACCAUGUUGGUCCACUCGCUGCUGCCGCUGGGGUACUACCUCGGCAUGUGCUUCGCGGCAGCCGAAAAGCGACUGUAUUAUUUCAACCAGGCCCCCGAAGGCUGGAAGCUGUUCCUUCUACUUUCAGUCUCCUUCCCCACCGUCACCUGCACCAUUGCUUACUACUGGUCCCGGAACAGAUGGGACCGCCACCCGCUAGCCCGGACUCUGGCGCUCCACGCCCUCCCGCAGUCAGGGUGGCGAGCAGUGGCCUCCUCCAUCAACACAGAGUUCCGCCGCAUUGACAAGUUUGCCACAGGGGCUCUGGGCGCCCGGGUGAUUGUGACCGACACCUGGGUGAUGAAGGUGACCACCUAUCACAUCCAUGUGGCGCAGCAGCAGGACGUCCACCUGACGGUGACAGAGUCGCGCCAGCAUGAGCUCUCGCCAGACUCCAAUCUGCCUGUCCAGUUUCUCACCAUCCGAGUGGCCAGCAUCAAUCCCCUCGUCAAAGCCUUUGACAUUCGGUUGAAUUCUACAGAGUAUGGCGAACUUCGUGAGAAGCUCCGUGCCCCCAUUCGCAAUGCCGCCAACGUUGUGAUCCACCAGAGCCUCGGUGACUUGUUCCUGGAAACAUUUACGUCCUUGGUAGAAAUCAACCCACCUUAUUCCAUUCCCAGCAACCAGGAGCUGGAGCCCUGCAUUGGCUGCAUGCAGAUAAGUGCCAACAUUAAGCUGGUGAAGAACUGUCAGGAGUCGGACGAGGGCGAGUGCCAGCAGUGUUACUGCCGCCCCAUGUGGUGUCUGACCUGCAUGGGGAAGUGGUUCGCCAGCCGUCAGGACCAGCAGCACCCUGAGACCUGGCUCUCCAGCCAAGUGCCUUGCCCCACCUGCAGGGCCAAAUUCUGCAUCCUGGACGUUUGCAUCAUCCGCUGACCGUCCUCGAGCAGGAAUGUGCUCCUGGGGUCAGCACCGGUUGGGGAGUUGUUCGUGGGAUCUUUGUGCCCGACGCCAAGGCCCAUCUCAGUAUCGCCAUCCCCUUUCUGUUUGGGAACCUUGGCAGGCCUCUCUCCUCUAAACUCCUCAGGCCUGUCGUUUCCCUCCAAACACCAGCCCUUCUCAGGGGGCUAUUUGUUUCACCUUGUUCCCAGAUAAGCGGAGGGAGGAAAGGCCGGGCAAGGCUCUAACUUCCAGACUUUGGAAGGAAGAGGUGAUGCCUCCACCCCACCCCGCCUUCUUUCUGUCUCCACACUUCAUACAUAGUGAAGGAUUCCAGGGCAAUAGCCCAUCAUCCUCUGUGUGACUAGACUAGCAAAGGGCUAUUUUUUUUUAAGUAACAAGUCAGACACUGUCCCUGACAGGAACUGAGCUUUCUUUUACUGAAGCUGUUUUUAAAAGUUCAUUCUUUAUGAUUUUUGCACAAGUACAUGUAGUUCUCCAGGACUUCCUCCUGCACAUUUUGGACCUGUACCUGCCCACACACACGAUAGGAUAGGCAUGACUUCUAGGCCUGUGCUUAUCAAAUUGGUAUCAUUUCAGUGGGAAGUUUAAUCCUAGUUUCUGUUUUAUUUGACCUCUCUGUCCCACCCCACCCCUGCACCUCCCUUCCUCUUGCCUCUCUCUCCCUAUCUCUCCCACCCAUGUGUUUUGUGCUAGAUAAUCCACUGUAGGUAAAAGGAAAGAGGGCUAAGUCCUUCCAUAACAAAAUACAGUUUCUGCAGCUUCAGUAACCAUAAUUUUAAAUGCAACCAUUUCUUCCACACCACCUCCAAACUACAGCCCUAAAGCCCAGUGCUUUGGGCUGACCACAGUGUUUAGUAGCUUCUCAGCACAAUUGUUAGGGACAAGAGCAAGCACUGUAAUUACCUAUAAUACAAAAGUCUAUAUACCAUAAAGGUAUUUAAUUUUUUUUAAGGUAUUUUAAAGGACAAGACUAGAAUCAUCUAAGUAAGAUUAAAAAAAAAGCCUACAACUUUGGGACAAAAGCAAUCGAUUUCAUCAUCUAAAUACAAAGAAAGCUCUUCCGUUCUUUGCAGGGGAUGCAGUAUUUCUAGCCAUGUUGCAUCCAUUUGAUUGUUAGGCCUGUUUCCUAGCGUUUACCGUUUUGGGCAAUUGAAAGAGGAUCCCCGAGUAUAAAAGGUAUGAACCCUCUCAUUCCAAUAAAGAGUAGGAAUCAU